AUGGCACGUCCAAAGAAGACUGAAGAAAAACCAAAGGAAGUUCCAGCUGGUGAUGGAGCAACUUUACAAAUCGAUGUUGCAAGCUUUGUGAGAACUAGAGAUACUUUUAUCGGUGGUCUCGCGACUUUACAAGAAGCUAUCUCAAGUGUUUCUUCCGCCUACAUCAAACAUACCAAUGCUGUCCUCGGCGAACAUGGCACCGGUUAUACCAUCGAUACAGCUCUAUCCAAGCUCGGCGAUAAUCCUCUCCUCGAAACUUUGGGUGCUCUUCAACGCGCUGCAAGUCCUAUCAUAGCGAAAGCUGUGGAUACUGCCCCAGAGAAGAAGGAAAGAAAGAAGAGACAACAUGAUCCAAAUGCGCCAAAGCGUCCUCUGACUCCAUUCUUCCUCUAUAUGCAAACCGCUCGUCCUAUUAUCGCCAAAGACCUUGGGGAUGUUCCCAAGGGAGAGGUUUCAAGUGAAGGUACAAAGAGAUGGACUGAUAUGGCUCCUAAGGACAAAGCUCUUUGGCAAGAUGCCUACAAGGAUAAUCUCCGCCUCUACAAUGCGCGCAUGCACUCCUAUCGCAGAGGUAACCUUACAGCUAAGGAAAUGGGUGAUGAUGCUGCCGCAGCAUACGCUGAUGAGAACAACAUUGGAGCAGAUGCUUCUGCCGAUGCUCAACUCGUAGGAGAAGCCACCGCUGGAGUUACAGCUACAGUUGAGGAAGAAGAAGAUGCCGAAGGUGAACCUGAAGCGGAAGCCGAAGUUGAGAAAUCACCAACUCCAGCUCCAAAGACCCCAAAAGCCAAGGGACGUAAAUCAAAAGGCAAAGCCGAUGUCGCGGAAGAAAUCCCCGCUCCAUCAUCUGCUUCUAUCGUUCCCCCUCAAAAAGAAGCAAGUCCAGCUAGAAAGCGUAAGCGCUCUGGCAAGAAAGCUGAUGAGCCAGUUGUUGCUACUACUACUACUACUGCUGAGCAAGAAGAAGCACCAGCAACAGUUGAAACGCCUAAAUCAGCACCAAAGUCUAGAAAGAAGAAGGCUAAGACUGAUGCAUAG